AACUGCAUUUCUCGAACGGCCUUCAUCUUCGUCGUUAGGGACGUUGCGUCUGAAUUCAGACAAUGGAAAGCUCUGCUAUUAAUCACAAUCCGACCGCCGACGAUGAACAGGAGCGCAUCUCCCGGCGAGUCCGACGCCUCUCCUUGCAUCUCACACCUGUAAUUGCUCGUCCUCUUCCUCUCGACGACAAUCAGCAGCUUCAGAUGCUAACGUGCGCUAGGGCGAAGCUUAAUGUCAGCAAGGAUCUUCUCUCCGAUUACAUGAGAGGGAAACACAAAGAUAUCCAAGAAAAGAUCUUCGAAUAUUUCAAUUCCAGACCUGAUCUCCUAACGCCGGUGGAGAUCUCCAUGGAUGAACAUAGGGAGCUUUGCAUGCGACAGAUUCUGGGAGUGGUUAGGGAAGCUGGCGUCAAACCUUUAAGAUAUGUCCACGAAGAUCCUGAAAAGUAUUUUGCAAUCGUCGAAGCUGUUGGGAGCAUCGACACGUCGCUCGGCGUUAAGUUUGGAGUGCAGUACAGGUAA